UCAGCUGCACACAGUCAGGCAAACAUACCUAUAGCUAACCAGUGGUAAUCAAAUUAAGACUUUGUAUUAAAUUGAACCACAGAGAUUGAAAGUAUUCUGGUUCUUAAUUAUUUUCAAUCUUGGAUGGGUGAACACCAGAUGGUGACUUAUCUGCAAGGUCAUUUUCACCUUUAUUGAUGCAGAAUCUUGCCAUUCGAAGGUACCGCAAGGUGGUCUGACCUGUUGGACUUCAUUUGGCUAGACAAGACUUUACUUGUAAACUCUGUAACCCCCACAAAAGUAAACCACUGACAUCAGCUAUCAAAGACUUCUGCAAGGAGACAACGUGUUGAAAGGGAUUCCAAUGGGGACGAUACCUAAUCCACAGAGGACUGUAACUGUUCAAAUGGGCACACCCCUGGCAAUAGGAGAUCACCUGGGGAACAAGGCGUCUACUGACAACUGGCAAAAACAAACAAGCUCAAAUCUAAACAAGACAUGCAGUUCCCCAGCUGAUCACAGACAGAGCAAUGUUUGUUUAACUGAGUCAGACAUGACACCGGCUAAUGAGACCCUAGGCUGUGGGAAACAGAGCAGGAUGGAUAUUUGUAAUCCGAAAGGAGAUCAAACGAAAUCGGAAAUGAUAAUUUCCAAAGAAUGGUGUAACACUGACUGUAACACUGACUGUAACACAGAAGAAAACAUAAGGGAUAACAAUGCCAAUCUAACAGUAUUGACAGCCUCUCCAAAGGAGGAAGGUUCUACAGCAAGCCAGUCCGCUCCAUCCUACUUACCAAAGACUGAUUUGCAGGCAAAUGACAAUACAGUGAACAUAAGCAGUGCUGAGAACUCAGCAGUAGAAACCAAAGACCAAAGCUCUAAUAAUGAACCAUCUAAGUCCCUCCUGGAAAAAGGUGAUCUCACUGGCAAUCCAGACAAAGCUCUGAAGGAUAUAUCCUCUGAUUGUCUCCCUACAACGCCAAGUACCACGAACCAUGCUGGUGGAUCAGCUGAUGUCAUUGCCUUGUCAUCGCAACCAACAAAACGAAAGGAUUCUGCCAUCACUAAAGUGAAUCCCUCAGUCUCAGUUGCUGAAUCGAAAGCACAGAGCUCUAACAUGGCAAUGGGUAACGAUGUUUCAGUAAAAACUAAAGGUGCCAAAAAGAACCAAGAGGAGACACCACUAGUGAAACCUCACAAAGAGCUGUCAGAGAGUAAGGCAAUAAAUUCACCAACUGAAGUUCAACAGUCUACUUUAAAAGGAGCAUUAAACCCUGAGUGCAUUGGACAAGACUUAAAGGUCUUGAAGGACACAGGCACACAGGAAGGCCUGCCAGAGGAUCUUGCGGCUCCUGGAGGACAACAGAAAGGCUUAACGUUGGCACAGAUGGCAAACCAGGCAGCACACACCCAGAGAUUUCUGCCAGAAGCAUCACAAGACCAAAGUAAGAAAUUUAAAGAGGUGGCAACAAUGACAGUUCCGUCGGAAUGCAGUCCCAUUGCUAGAAACAGCUGCCAAGAUGCAGAGGUCCAAGCUGUUCUCAGCGUUCAGUGCAAAUCAACAGCCACUAGCCCCUACCUAUUUCAAUCAAUUGUUCGCCCCAACCAUUGCUGUGAAGGCAAUGAUGAUUCUGAUCAUCUAACAAUUGUGUAUCAGAUUAAUAAUGGGUUGAAGCCAUCGAAGCCUGUUUACGAAAUUACCACAGGAGUAGGUCCAUUGAAAGGUCCUAGUGUCAUUCAGGAUGUACUUUCGCAGACACCUCUUACAAAUGCUUUUCAGGCAAGUGGGUGUCACUUACCAGGAAAUCAAUCCGAGACAGCCAAAGUGGAUGCUGAUUUAUCCGAGGCUAUCUGUAAAAUAACAGGGAAUUCUCACCAUUCUGCAUCAACCACUCAAAGUGAACUUGGACCUGGAACAAAACCCAAGGAAAACACUCUAGAAUAUAAAUGCAUUGUAAAAGAGGGUGCUUUGCCUUUAAAACCUGUUUACCAAAUAAAUCCAGAGACCCCCAGCCAUGCAGACCAUAUUCCCAGUAUUAAGUUACCGAGUGAACCGGAAAACAUCAACAAAGCAGACCCUACUGGCAGAGAUCCUGGAGGGAAUGAUAUAUCUAAUGAUGGCCUCUCUACUAAACCAAGUACAACCAACCAUUCUUGCAGUGCCAUUGCUGAUGUUAUGCCCUUGCCUAACCAGGCAACCAAACUAGAUGUUUCUGAUACUAAAUGCUCUCCCUCUGCACAGGAAACUAAACGUUGCCCUGUAGAAUUAGAUACUUCAAAGCAAGCACCACCUUCCUCCACUGGGAAAGCUAAUGAAUCUGCCGAGUCAAAAAGAGAUGAUCAUAAUACUGUUCUUUCAGCCAAGCCAAAUAUUGUCAUUGAUAGUAAAAAGCAAUCCAUGCAGUCUGAAAAUAAAUCUAAGGUCAGUAGCAAACCAGCACAAGCUCAGAAUCUCAAGGCUAAUUCUAAGCAUUCAGACCACAAAUCUUCUGGGGCAAAAGGAAAUUCAGCUCAUAGAGAAACUAAUUUGGGAAAUAAGAAAAAUGAGACGAGCUCUAAAAGCAAACAGCAAAAGAAAUGUAAGGGUGUCCAUGACGUACUGUGGGAUGAACAAGGAAUGACUUGGGAGGUGUACGGUGCCUCCCUGGACCCUGAAUCUCUGGGAUUUGCCAUCCAGAAUCACCUUCAGUGCAAGAUCAAAGAGCAUGAGAAAAAAAUAACACCACAGACUCAGAGCAGAAAGUCCAUUUCCUCAGAGACUUCCCCCAGUAAGAAAAAUAAAAGGAGGCAGAACGUUUUCAGGUCCGUCCUUCAGAAUGUCCGACGGCCCAACUGCUGCGUGCGCCCAUCUCCUUCCUCUGUGAUAGACUGAAAAAUAGCCGUGCUGCGGUCUACAAUAUCUUUUACGUUACCUUCAUCAUCUGCAGGAUAGCCUCCCUUCACAUUGGUUUUGGAAAUAAACAAGUAAAUGGGUAAAUGGAAAGUACAGUACUUUUACUAAAAUUGGUUAAAAGUGUGAUCUAGCCUGAACUGUUCAAAAUGAACUUUACAAAUAAGCAACUAGAGCAACCAGUUUCUGCAAAAAAUUGUUUGGACUGUUUUUAAAGAAUUGUAGUAGCUUAGUAUAUGAAAAAAAAAACGUAUAAGAUUUUAUCAUAGAAAUCCAGAAUGCAAUAAUAAUAUAAAUGAUGUGCAUGUGAAUUUGUUCGGAUAUUGUUCGGUGUGUUUCUUGCCAUUUACACAGUUCACCCAUACCCAUACCCCUAACCAUCCCAGGUGAUUUUGUAUGUAUGAUAGCUUUCAUGUUACCGGUAAAUAAUAAACCAUUGUAAAGUAUGUGCAUUUGAUAAAACUUUUUUUUUUUUAAAGAUUUAACUUACAUCCUAAUUUUAACAAAUCACAAAGACCAUUUCACAUUGACUAAUACUGUGCAUUGACUCAUUUCUGUUUUUUUGGCUAGACAUCUGUGUCCAUACAGACCACACCUACUACAGGUAAAUGGGACUUGUCUGAUAUUUUAAAUCCUUUUUCGUUAAUGCUAUAUACCAAUCUGACCAAUCCAACACCUGACCUGAUUAAUUCAAGGUGGUUUACUGUAUUUUAACUCCCAAGUUGUGUUUACCUUUUAUUAAAAAAGAUAAUGCUAUACAUCUCUGUUAAUUUCAUUUACAAUCAUUUGAAAGUGUGGCCUGGAAGACUAAUUAUACAGUAUACAGUACUCACAUUCUUCUCUGUGUCAAUUAACACUAGGCUCUUUGUUAAGACACUGAUUGAAAUCCCAGCUGAAGCAUUGCACUUGAAAGGCAAAUAGACAGAUGUAAUUAAGAGAAAGAAUUAGUGUGGGAAAUAAGCUACUAAAAUAGAAACUUAAAAAGGGUUGUUCAUUUUACAUCUGUGUUACUCAUUAAUGCUCGCUUUAUGUCUAGGAGAAUAUUUAAAGUAUGUCAGUGAUAGGAAUGUGAAAGACUGAGUUUCAAUGAGGAGUAACCGUUUUAAGCGAGGCAAAAUUUUAAGCCAGGCAUGGUUUCUAAAGAUGUAUCAUGUGGUGCUUCCCUAGAGAUGUCAGGUCAUGGGUGGUGAAAAUAAAAGUAGCUUGUAUUUCAAGGACAUAUAGUAUUCUAAAAAAAAACAUAUAACUUCCAACAGUUUUCCUUUUGAAGAGGUCGGUUCAGCAGUGUGGAGUAGUGGCUAGGGCUCUGGACUCUUGACCAGAGGGUUGUGGGUUCAAUCCCCAGUGGGGGACACUGCUGUUGUACCCUUGAGCAAGGUACUUUACCUAGAUUGCUCCAGUAAAAACCCAACUGUAUAAAUGGGUAAUUGUAUGUAAAAAUAUAUCUGUAUAAUAUGAAAUCUUAUAACAAUUGUAAGUCGCCCUGGAUAAAGGCGUCUGCUAAGAAAUAAAUAAUAAUAAUAUUAGGACAUUGAAAUGGACAGGUAUUUCCUGUGGACAAUUAUAGGAAGUCAAUAUUGGCUAGAAAUCAUAGUAAGACAGGCUUUAGGAAGGAAAGGCAUUUGAGUUCACUUUAAAAGUCAACUUGGUAUGGUAGAAAAUAAUCAGUCAACUAAUGUAUUCUUUAUGUUUUUUUUUAUUUGUAUUUUGUGUACUUUUUUUAGCCAUUACAUUCGAUUGACCUUUUUAGAAAUAAAGUACCUCUGUGACCUCAGUGGAGUUCUGAAAAUCCAUUCUACUCAUUAGAUACAUCAGGUACACCCUAGUGGAUGUAAGAAAUGUCAUGCUUAGAUUAUUAUUAUUAUUAUUAUUAUUAUUAUUAUUAUUAUUAUUAUUUUUAAAGCAUAUGGUACAGACUUGAUUGCUUAGUCCUUUAUUUGACUAGGGUAGUUAUUGCUUGUGGCUUGUUGAUCGUCUUAUUUCAGUGUUGUUGUUUUUUUACUCCUGUUUAAUGGUUUUCUAUUUACCUUCAGCGUUUCAAUAUGUUAAACUUGGUACUAUUCAAACAAUGCAUACUAAUCCUUAUACCAAACGUGUAAUUGGGCUAGACAAUAAUAUAGCUUUACUGUACAUAACUGAGUAUGUUUGGUACUGUAAUCUUAAGAGAUAUUACUACAAAAAUGCCACAGUUAUGUAUUAUACUAUAGAUGCAUAUGCACAACUAUUACUGUCUGUACAUUACUCAGUUAUCAUUUUAUAUCUGUUCUCAGUUUGACCUCACAUUUCCAUGCUAUUUUUUAAUAUAUACAUUUGAAGCUUUGAAAGUCCAUCUUUUUAUGGUGUCCGCAAGACAAAUUACUUCCUGAAUUACAUUGAUACUUAAGACAUCUUUAGGUAAUAAAGUUUGUAAAACUAAACAGACGAAUGACAAGGGAUUUGCAUAAAAAGGUGUUGUUACCCCUUUACCAUCAAAUUUUGUAUAACAUUCUUCAUUCGAAAAUAUGCUGUGAAACAUUUUUUUUUUGCCCUAGAAUGCAGGUGCUUUGUUUGCACAUCACAUGAUGGUAGGCAUACAUAUCCUAUCUGAUUUCCUUAGCCAACAGUACAUGAAAAGAGGAACAGGCUGCUCAAGAAGAAUGCUACUGUUAUUGUGAAAGUAACUAGACAAUGUAAAGCACUGGAAAAGUUUGAUCUAUUUAUCAUUGCAAAUCCAAGAUUCUAAAGGGAUCAGACCUGCUUAUAAAAUAUGUAAAGAGCAAAAAACUGACAAUGGACAUUGAUGGAUACUGAUAAUCAGCCAGCUAGCUAUUUACUUUUCAUUAUCCAUCAAGGUCAGGCCUACAGUUGAUCUGAUCUAGCCAGCAUCUAGCAAUCUAGCAAUCACUCUGCCUUUUGGUCUCCAUCUUUUUGGAUGGAACUUAUUAGACAUAUGCCAGAACCAUGAUGUAACCUUGUUUUCUCUAUUCUUCACUUUCCUACUUACUUUUUUAACUUUAGGGCUUCAUAUUCAGUUAAAUAUAGUUGAUUAAAAUAACUUUAGGCACUUCUUAAUUUAUUAGCUGCAACACAUACUGAAACUACUGCUAAAAGUACCAAAAAGGCUUGAAUAGACAAGACCCAUUCUUAAUAAAAUGAUUUACUAUUGCACAUAACACUUACCUUUGUUGUAUGCCAUGGUGCAAAAUGUUUCAGCAAAGCAAUCUGACAGGUAAUUGGUAAUUGUCAGAGGUAGCCUGACAAUUUAGUCAGAGGUAGCCUGAGUAAUUGUCAGAGGUAGCCUGACUUUGAUCGGUUUCAUGUUGGUUCCCCUUCAGAGGAUGGCUUAAGAGCCCACACCACACACAUGUUUCUAUGCCUGCUGGUACAGUUCUUACAUUGGUGGCCUAUGUAUAGUGAGUUGAACCAACUAUUACAUACUGAAAUGAAAAUUAGUAUGCUGUAGGUCAAAUGAUCAGAUUGCUGCAAGACCAAUGGUAUUAUUAGGUACCAGGAAGCACAUUAUCCCAAAUUACUGUAUAUUGUAAGUAUUUUAACCAAAAGAUAUUCAAUGAAAGAAAAUAAUUUUCUAUUAUUAGACUACUACAGAAAUUACUACCUUGGUUAUACAGAAGUGUAUUUUUUAUUUGUAUUGCGCGUUAUCGAUUGUUAAUAUUAUCAAAUUGAUCAGGCAUUAAUUAUACACUUGACUCCUUUAGUGAACCUUGGGUAGUUUGUUACUGAUUUUGUAAUAUUAAGAGGUAGAAUGUCCGUAAGAAAUCAGUGUACAUUGUCUUUCAGCAUUAAUACCUUGACAAAUCAAGUGAAUUUUCCAAUGACAAAGGGAAGGAAGGACAUUUGUUAACUAAAAACCAAAGGAAAAAAGUGUUUAAGGUCUGUCAAAUGUAGUACACUCCAGUAUAUGUCACUGUUCUUAAUAACAAAAGUACUUUCUCACUUGGGUUGAGUUCAAAGCCACUGUCUGUUCACUCGGAGCUGCAUGAAAUAAUUGGCAGAGCUACUAUCUUCACAGGCCUUGUACCCAGUGGAAAAUGUGACCUACUUUACUUUGUGUUAAAACCUACAGAAGCAGAAUUUCUAUUCUUUUUUUCUGUCACUGCUGCACAAUCCCCAUUGCAGUAGCGUGGUUCUUUAUCUGUCCUUUUGGUGUAUGUCUACAUGAGAUUUACAUUUCAGUGUCCUACACAGUGGAAGAACCCUGUAGCAAGGGCAGAAAGUCAAACUGAUCUGAAGGGCACUUCAUAAAAGAGUUCUUUAUUAGGGCUGACAGACCAAGAACACAUAAAUCAUUGGCCUUCAGAGAACAGACUCAUUGUUAUGUGUGGAGUGACCCUUUGUGCAACAUUUCAUACUGCAUAUAUACAGUACAUAGCUUAGGUAGCUUUCCAUUUCUGAUUCUUACUGUAUUAGGUAGAGUGCCGAAUAUUUAAGCGAUA